AUGUGGCCGCUGUGGCUCUGCUGGGCGCUCUGGGUGCUGCCCCUGGUUGGCCCUGCGGCAGCCCUGACUGAGGAGCAGGUCCGGGCCAGCCUGCUGCAGCAGCUGCACCUCAGCCAGGUGCCCGUCCUGGACAAGGCUGACGUGGAGGACCUGGUCAUCCCUGCCCACGUGAGGGCCCAGUACGUGGCCCUGCUGCAGCGUAGCCACGGGGUCCUCUCCCGCGGGAAGAGGUUCAGCCAGAAAUUCCGAGAGGUGGCCGGCAGGCUCCUGGCGUCGGAGGCCUCCACGCACCUGCUGGUGUUCCGCAUGGAGCAGCGGCUGCCCCCCGACAGCGAGCUGGUGCAGGCUGUGCUGCGGCUCUUCCAGGAGCCGGUCCCCAAGGCUGCGCUCCGCAGGCACGAGCGGCUCUUCCAGCGCAGCGCCCGGGCCCGGGUCACGGUCGAGUGGCUGCGCGUGCGCGACGACGGCACCAACCGCACGUCCCUCGUCGACUCCAGGCUGGUGUCCCUCCACGAGAGUGGCUGGAAGGCCUUCGACGUGACCGAGGCGGUGAGCCUCUGGCAGCAGCUGAGCCGGCCCCGGCAGCCGCUGGUGCUGCAGGUGUCGGUGCAGAGGGAGCACCUGGGCCCGCUGGCCUCCGACGCCCACAAGCUGGUGCGCUUCGCCUCCCAGGUGGCGGGGGACGCGGGGCAGCGCGAGCCCCAGCUGGAGCUGCACACCCUGGACCUGAAGGCCUAUGGAGCUCAGGGUGAUUGUGACCCUGAGGCGCCAGUGGCUGAAGGCGCCCGCUGCUGCCGCCAGGAGACCUACAUUGACCUGCAGGGGAUGAAAUGGGCUGAGAACUGGGUCCUGGAGCCCCCGGGCUUCCUGGCCUACGAGUGUGUGGGCGCCUGCCAGCAGCCACAGGAGUCCCUGACCUUCCAGUGGCCGUUUCUGGGGCCACGGCAGUGCAUCGCCUCAGAGACGGCCUCCCUGCCCAUGAUCGUUGGUAUCAAGGAGGGAGGCAGGGCCAGGCCCCAGGUGGUGAGCCUCCCCAACCUGCGGGUGCAGAAGUGCAGCUGCACCUCAGAUGGGGUGCCUGUGCCCAGGGAGCUGGGGCCAUAGGUACCCAGUGUAACCACCGAGGGACUUGGCUGUGUCAGAGCUGUUCCACGGCAGGAGAAGAGAGGGGAAUUGCUGGGUGGCUGAUGGGUAGAAGCUCCCUGCUCCCUACUGGGCUCUUUUACAUCCACCUGGAGACAGUCGCCAAGGCUCUGAUGGACCUCUGGAUGCUUCUUCUGAACAGUCUGCUCCCCUCCUAACUUUCACUUCCAGGAACAAGACUUUGGUCACUGGAUGGUCCCUGCCCAGUCUUCUCUGUUCUUGAUAUUAUUCACUGCACUAUUUCCUAAGCACUUACAUGUCUAGAUGCUGUAACUGAAGGUCAGAAACCACAAGUUGUCGUUGUUUGCUUAUCCUGUCACCACUGGACCUGGGCUGAGCCCUGUGGUCUGGGCAGGAGAUUCAGGCACCCUGGGGGUUAAGUGUGGGCUGUGUAUCCCCAACCCUGAGAAUAACAGCCAUUUUGCAAGAAGCAAAUAAUACACCUUUUAUUCUGCAAUCUUAUAUUUCUUUCUUUUUAACCAAAACCCUGCAAAUUGUGAGGAGGGAGCAAAAGG